UUUCAGUGUCUUAUUGAUGUAUGGUUUCUUAUGUGAUUCGUGAUGAAGUUGAAAAAUAUCAUAGAUCAGGAGUGAACUCUCUUCAGUUUGAUCCUUUAUUGAAUCGGCUCUAUUCUGCUGGACGGGACUCAAUUAUUCGAAUUUGGAAUGUUAAAAAUGCAAAGGAUCCUUAUCUCCAGUCUAUGGAACAUCAUACAGACUGGACCAAUGACAUUGUUUUGUGUUGUGGCGGAAAAAACUUGAUAUCUGCUUCAAGUGAUACCACAGUGAAGGUUUGGAAUGCCCAUAAAGGAUUUUGUAUGUCAACUCUAAGGACUCACAAGGACUAUGUCAAAGCUUUGGCAUAUGCAAAAGACAGGGAACAAGUUGCCUCUGCUGGACUUGAUCGAGCUAUAUUCCUGUGGGAUGUCAAUACCUUAACUGCUCUUACAGCAUCUAAUAAUACAGUGACAACCUCAUCAUUAGUUGGAAACAAAGACAGCAUUUAUAGUUUAGCAAUGAACCCAGCUGGGACAGUUAUUGUUUCUGGGUCAACAGAGAAAGUCCUCCGACUGUGGGAUCCAAGGACAUGCCAGAAACUGAUGAAACUUAAGGGACAUUCAGACAAUGUUAAAGCUCUCCUUGUAAAUAGGGAUGGAACUCAGGUUCUUUCAGGAAGCUCUGAUGGAACAAUCAGACUCUGGUCUAUUGGUCAACAGAGAUGCAUAGCUACAUUACGUGUUCAUGAAGAAGGAGUUUGGGCUUUGCAGGCCAAUGACUUAUUCACUUCAGUAUUUUCUGGAGGUCGAGACAGAAAGAUCAUCAUGACUGAUCUGAGAUCACCUGAGAAGAGAGUUUUGAUUUGUGAAGAAACUGCUCCAGUUCUAAAAAUGAUCUUGAUGCCUGGUCAUUCUUCCCUGUGGGUUGCUACCACAGACUCCAGUAUUAAAAACUGGCCAAUCAAUAACAGAAUUUCUCAGCUGGAUGAAUAUGACUUAGACUUACUUCCACCUUUAAACACGCAUCCAGAAACUAUGAUCAAAGGGAGUCCCAGCAUCAGACAUUAUAAUGUACUGAACGACAAAAGACACAUUCUCACAAAGGAUACUGACAAUAAUGUGGCACUAUGGGAUGUAUUAAAGGCAUCAAAAGUUGAAGAUUAUGGUCAGGUAGACAUGGAAGCCCAAGUGAAAAAGAUGUUUAAAAUGGUUUACGUUCCCAACUGGUUUACAGUGGAUCUGAAGACUGGGAUAUUGUGUAUUCACCUAGAUGAACCAGAUUGCUUUGCUGCUUGGGUAUCUGCCAAAGAGUUUGAUCUUGGACCAACAGAUGGACCUGACACAAAAGUUAACUUGGGUGGACUUCUUCUUCAAGCACUACUAGUUAAUUGGCCACCAUCAUACACAAAUGAUGAAGAAAGUGAAAAUGGUAUGGGUGGUGGUGGUGAUGGACCCAUGACCACUGGUGAACGGCUUCGACCGGCAAAUACAUAUUUCAAUGUUCCUGACCACACUCCUGUGAUAUUUAGUGAAGUAGGUGGGAGAACACUACUGAGACUUCUGGUUGGUGAUGCUGGUAGAGAAACUGAAGAAUUACUUCUGCAUGAAACUGUCCCUCCCUGGGUAACUGAUGUGGUUGUCUCGAAAAACAUGCCAAGGUUCAACAAGAUUCCAUUUUACUUGCUUGCUCAUUCCUCAUCCAGUGUUAAACCAAUUCGAAAGGAGCGUCUUUCAGCCAGUGAUAUGCUACCUGUUAGGAAAGUGAUUGAGCAUGUGUAUGAAAAGUUUAUAGUUGGAGCUGGGUCAGAAACUGGCUCUCAGACAACUAGUCAAGUGGGUGGUACAGGGACUCAGGACAAAGGAGAGUCUGAGAAAGAUGAGGAACGUAGUUCUAUAGCUGAAGAAAAAGUUGAAAUACUAUGCCAAGAACAGGUUCUAGAUCCAAACAUGGAUUUACGGACAGUUCGUUAUUUUAUUUGGAAAAGUGGAAGUGACUUAGUUUUGCGUUACCGACCAAUCAAGUAACAGAACAAGCAAAGUUUCUGAUAGAUUCCUUUCCUGCAUUUCUUGCUAGUGUGUUUUGUAUUAAGGAAAGAUUCUAAUGUAAAUAUGUAGAUGAUUUUAUAUCAAAUUAUUGUAUAUGGGAAAAAUAUCUCCUUUGUAAUAUAUUCAGUUUACUGAAGCAUAAAUAUUACCUUCCACAACCUCUCCAUGUAUGAAGCUCUUAUUAAAUCAACAGAUAUUCUAGUACAAAGCAAAUGAUUCAUUACCAUAAUCUUGUUUCUUUAACCAUUUUUGUUUGUUUUUAUAAAAACUUGGUACUCUUGAUGCAUCAUUCGAUGUACAUAAAGCAUAUCACUGAUAAAUUUUUCAAGGCCAAGUUAUUACCUUAAAAGAACAUUUUGUAAAAUUAGCUUCACAUUUUAUACUUCCUUCUCAUGAUAGGUACUACUUCAUUCACAGAGAAACCAUAUUUUAAAUGAUCAGAUAUGAAAUGUGUUUAAAGGAAAAUUUGAUUCUUGAAUUGACUUUUUUCAUUAUUAACAUUAGGAUCCACUAACAUUUACAUCUUCUUUUUUUUAGGCACCUUCUUUCAGUUACAAGUUUUGUACUAGUUUUAAUGUAAUUUACAAAACUUUUAUCACAUGGAUAUUACUUUCUGCCUCUCCUAUUAUACUUUCAACUGACAUUUUCAUUAUUUGUAAAUGAAAAGUGUCAAAAAAUAUUCAGUAAAAUUGUGAUUAUUAGAAAUAUUCCAGUCUGCAUGACUGAAGAUAUUCUAUCACAACCAAAUAAAAGUGAUACAGAAAGUAUAUUUGUUAUGAUAUUUAAGCCAAUGUCUGCAUGUCAGGUUUUUGUAUAGGGGCCAGAUUCUUUACAGUAGGUGUAUGUGACUUGUUGGUGAUACAUUUCAACAAUAAAUAGACAGCACACAAUCCACUUGUUUUAAAAUGAUAU